GUUCGACGUGGCGGUGGCCCGCGCGGAGCAGGGCGCCAAGCUCUUCCCCGACCACCCCGCGCUGCCCGCGCUGCUCGCCUCCGCACGCCAGCUGGCGGCGGCCCGCACGGCCGGCAACGAGCUCUUCAAGGCGGGCGACGCGGCGGGUGCAGCGGAGGCGUACUCGCGGGGGAUAGCGGUGGGCGGCGAGGGCAACCCGGUGCUGCUGUGCAACCGCGCUGCGUGCCGCAUGCAGCAGCGCCGCUGGCACGACGCCCUGCUGGACUGCCAACGCGCCCUCGCUGCCCACCCCGCCUACUGCAAGGCGCUGCUGCGCCAGGCCACCUGCCACUCGCAGCUGCAGCAGUGGGAGGCGGCGUACCGGGAAUACCUGCAGCUGCGCCAGCUCAUGCCCAACGACGCUGACGUGGCCAAGGCCUUGGCUGACGUGGAAGCGAAGCUGAAUAAGGCUGGAAUGCCAGGCAGCAGUGGGGCGGAUGGCAGGAGGGGCGGCAGUGCGGCAGGGGGAGGGGUUGGCAGCAGUGGCAGGGUGGUGGCGGUGCGCACAGACAGCGAGUUCCGAGGGGCCGUCACCAGCAUGGGGCUGGUCGUGGUGGCCUUCACUGCCGCGUGGUGCGGCCCGUGCCGCCAGGCCGCGCCGCUGUUUGAGCGCCUCAGCGCCGCCCACCCCACCGUCAAGUUCCUCAAGGUGGACAUCGACGUGUUGCCAGAGGUGGCAGCGCGAGAGGGCGUGCAGUCAGUGCCGACGUUCAAAGUGUGGAAGCACGGCGCGCGUGUCACAGAGGUGGUGGGCGCGCAGCUGCCCCAGCUGGACGCCGCCAUCCGCUCCGCCCUCAAGUCGCUCAGCCACGGCUUCUGA